AUGGUGCACCCCGAUAAUAUCUCAAGAGAAUUAGUUCAUUUAGUCGAUGUUUCUCUGAAUGUUGAAGGGAUGGUCGUAAAGGCGGUAGAUGUCAGCGGUGACUUUAAUAACAGGCAAGAGUUUUAUGAUCGGGAAAGCAUGCUCACAUGGAUUUGUAGAAAUGCAACUAACCUUGGUUUUGAUACGGUAAUAGGAAGAUCGGAUAAUGGUACGGCAAGAAGAAACGCUUUCGUUACAACGUUGUGCGAAAGAAGCGGGAAAUACCAUCCUCCUCUAAGGAAGUUUAAAAGAGAUGGCACGGGUACUAGAAAAUACGAGUGUCUAUUUAAAAUCUGUAGUUACAUGGUGGCUAGCAAGAAGUGGAGAUUUAGUGUUAUUUGUGGUUUGCAUAACCAUGACAUGUGCGGAAAAUUACAAGGUUAUCCUAGUGUAUGUCGGCUCAAUCCAGAAGAGAAGACAUGUAUUAAUGACAUGUCCUUAAAUCUUGUUCAACCGAAAAAUAUACUUGUCACGUUGAAACGGAAGGAACCCGACAACGUAUCAAAUAUAAGGUGGGCAUUAGAGGUGUGUCGGUCAAUUUUGAAGGAACAAGUCGAGAUGCCUAAAGCGAGUGUUACGAACCGCGAUAUUGCUUUGAUGAAUGCGGUGGAAAAGGUUAAACCCGUGGUGGGGACGGAACAAGUAGAGACCGAAGGUGGAAAAUCGGUGAAGCCCGGUGUGAUUGUUGAACAAAUAAUGGAUGCAUGGACUCGUAUUGUAAAUUCUUCGACAAAAGAACUAUAUGCCGAUUCCGUUAUUCAUUUUCGAAAAGUGUAUAAAAAAGUUGAGUCGGCACAUGCUAGUUUGAAAUUUUGGUUGGCUAAUAGCAAGGGUGACUUGUGUCGAGAUUGGGACACCAUAAAUCUAAUGAUUAAAAACCAACACAAUGAGAUACAAACCACAUUUGGUCGGAGCAUUACGGUGUUGGAACAUCGAUAUAGGGACAACAUUCUUUAUUCUCAAUUGAUCGGCAAUAUGUCACAGGCCAGGUUGAAUUAUAUUUUUCACGAGGUGAAACUGUCGGUUCUGAUAGCGCAAAGUGUGGUUGCACUAUUACUAGAACGAGAAAAAUCGAAUAUCUCGAUUACUUCCGAAUUGGAAGCCAUACAAGAGAGGUUUCUGAAGGCCGAUGACAACAUGAAACUUCACAUCAAAGAACAAUUGCAGAAGAUUGGAUAUCCCGAAACAACUGACAUGAAUUCUCAACCGGUUAAGACAAAGGGUGCUCCGAAGAAAUUGAAGCCUACACCGAAUGACAACUCGACUACACGGGCUCCUUCAUAUUGUGAGCAUGUAGAUAAACUUUUUCCCGACUCAUCGACUCCUAAAUCUCAAAAAUCUCCAAAAAGUUCAAACAAAGGAGCGCGCAUAUGA